CACUGAGACACUCCGAGAGAAAGAGACAGAGAACAGUCCUCCAGUAGGAAGGGUCGGCGGCACGCAUCACACAGGUUUCAUAGCGAGAAGUAGCCAUGGCAGCCGUUCCUGAUGUACAGGAGGAGUUUAUGGAGUUCUGCAGUGUGAACGAUGAACAGUUCUACGAAGUCGACCACCCCUACUUGGGGAAGAGCUCCGACCAAGGCCCGAGCCCCUGCUCCCUGUCCCGGAGCCUCUCAGCCUGUGAUGUGGGCAUCCAGUUGCAGUUCACAGAGCAGACCUCUCGCAAGGUCUUCCGCAGGUCCGUGGUGCUGGUGGUCGCCGUAGAGAAGAUGAAAAAGGCAUCGAAAGUGAGGCCCUUCACGGACGAUGAUUUGAGGAGCAUCUUCGACACCGUCUUCGAGACCAUCUCAUUCGAGAGGCACAAUGUCACCCACACAGUGGAUUCCAUUUACCGUUACUUCAGAUCCAUCUCCUACGAAAUACGGGACACUGACCAGAAGUGCUUCAAGCUGGAGGCUCCCGCCCAGCUGGUGGCUAUGCAUUUGCAAGGCCCCAACAUCAGACACCAAGUGAAGUUAAACAUGGCUCUCUACAGACCGAAAAGCGGCACAAGUAACCAGGGCUCCAUGAGGUUUCCGGUCGCUCUGGGCAUCAAGGGGAGAAGUCUCUACAUGUCCUGUGUGCACAAUGGCCAGCAACCAGUGCUGCAGCUAGAGGAGGCCGAUAUCCUGAAGGACGUCGAUGGAGCUGAGCUGGAGCGCUUUAUCUUCUACAAGGUGGAAAACGAGAGCACGGCCCAGUUCGAGUCGGCCGCCCACCGCGGCUGGUACAUUUGCACCUCCCCCCAGAACAACCAGCCUGUUGGCGUCACCAACCGGCUCGGGGAAGUGUUCAUCACCAACUACUUCCUCACCCAGUCCAAGCGCUGAGCGCACAUCCCAAACCAGCAGUUACUGGUUUCAGCAGAAUCUUUGUAUGUACUAAGUACAUGGGGGAAAAGUUGUAUUUAUGAGUGAACCCUGUCUCACGGCUCAGACGUGAUUGUAAUACGUCUCUAACAUGUAUGUAUUGUGUCUUUCUGUUUGCUUUGUGCCCUGCCCUAUCCUAGAGCAUGGGCCAGUGUCCCCAGGAUCUAGAAUUAACCUCUUACUGGCAUGGGAGCUCUAUAUUAGAGCCCUCUUUAUUAGAGGCUUAUCUUGGUGGCUGUCUCUUCUCUCCUACCUUCCACAGCUUUGGUGACCAAGCUAACGCCGAUGCCCCUGGCUUGUGGAUCUCCCCCAGACCCACUUUAACCUCUCCUUUCUCCUAAGCUGCAGCAGCCCAACCAUGCAGAUUUGCUGGGGGGAUUCCAUUCUGCGUUGGAGGAUCAUUGUAUAUUAAUUUAAUGUAAAUUAGCUGUGCUGCACCCCAAGGGUCUCAUUAAUUAUUAUUGUUCAUAUCACACCACCAGGCCCUGAAUCUGCAAACACUCAGGCCCAGCUCCGCAAACAUAUGUAGGCUCCUCACUCCCACUGGCAGUUUGGUGCCUAAAUACCUUUGAGGAGACUGGCCUUAGAGACUUGGGUAAAGUGACUCAAUUGGUUGCAGGAUCAGGGCCCAGUUGCGUUAAGAAUUUGUCCCCUGUUCCCUAUGGAAACCAGAAUUUUGCCAAUGAGUUUAAAAGCAGCGAUACUCGGACAAAGGCUCAUGAGUCUCUUAUUGUAUCUCUUCAGCUCAUGAUAUUAAAACACUGUGUGAUUUAAUUAUUAACAAUUUAAGUUAUUAACCAAUCAGGAUGUUUUUUACUAUGUUAGUAACUGAUUAUAGUUGAUAAAAGAAUAAUACUUGGUCAGUCAUUUUGCUGUGAGACUAAUAUAUACAUACAUUAACUAUAAAUAUUAGAGAGGGGAAUGGCCAUCAUCAUGCAGCAUGAUUUUUCUUUCUGCAAAAAUGCUAUUGUGUUGUGGUUUCAAUACAAGAUUAAGUUGCUCUACUUCACUGUUGGUAACUUCUGUUAACAUGUUAAUUAUAAAUGAGGGUAUUUUGGGAAUUUAUUUAUUGACCAAUUUAAUAUUGGCGGGCUGAUUUUUAAUAA